AAUGCAGUUCCUUUGCAGUCAUUCCAAAGACUUCCAAAGAGAUGCCAUGUCAGGCUGCUGAUGUGAACAAAUGCAGUUCCUUUGCAGUCAUUCCAAAGACUUCCAAAGAGAAGCCAUGUCAGGCUGCUGAUGUGGACAAAUGCAGUUCCUUUGCAGUCAUUCCAAAGACUUCCAAAGAGAUGCCAUGUCAGGCUGCUGAUGUGGACAAAUGCAGUUCCUUUGCAGUCAUUCCAAAGACUUCCAAAGAGAUGCCAUGUCAGGCUGCUGAUGUGGACAAAUGCAGUUCCUUUGCAGUCAUUCCAAAGACUUCCAAAGAGAAGCCAUGUCAGGCUGCUGAUGUGGACAAAUGCAGUUCCUUUGCAGUCAUUCCAAAGACUUCCAAAGAGAUGCCAUGUCAGGCUGCUGAUGUGGACAAAUGCAGUUCCUUUGCAGUCAUUCCAAAGACUUCCAAAGAGAUGCCGUGUCAGGCUGCUGAUGUGGACAAAUGCAGUUCCUUUGCAGUCAUUCCAAAGACUUCCAAAGAGAUGCCAUGUCAGGCUGCUGAUGUGGACAAAUGCAGUUCCUUUGCAGUCAUUCCAAAGGACUGUGUUCAUGAUCUUGUCCCUGAAGAAAUGUCAAGUUUAGAAAAAUGUGUCACAUGUGGAGGACCCUUUUCACCUCUGAAAUGGUCAGGGGUGAGGUGUAAAGUUUGCUAUGAGUCCUGGCACAAAAAGUGCUAUGUAUAA